CCCGGAUUCCAUAGCCGCGGUUUUUCUAGCUUUCACUCAAGUCGCCCGCCCACCUCCUACUAUUCAAUCAUCCCUACGCUUCCACGCGUCGGAGGGAGAGCAGUCAUGGCCUUUGUCGCUGCCUUGUCCGAUUUCUUUAGUUGCGGUAGGACGAGAAAGGCGCGCGAGCCUCCAUUGGAUCCCAACGACACAACCUCCGAACCUGUCACCAAUGAAACUGAUACACCUACACUUGCGCUCCCACCCAUUGACGAAAAAGCAACUUUGGAUGUCGAUGUCCGCGAACCAGCCGACAAAGGAGGAGAUGCUGGUCGCAUUCCCAGCACCCAACAGCCAGAUGUUCGACCAACGUCUACCAGCCGGCACCAUGAUUCGGCAGAAGAUAAAAUGGACAUGUUCGUAGUACAAGAGAAGGCCAAACCGAGCGCUGGAUGGGUUGUUGAACAACGAGUCCUCGUCACCGCCAUGCCCUCUGCUGUUACGGAAGAAGCAGAGAAGACUGCGUCCGUGCCUGAACCGGAGUUCGAGGCCGCUACCAUCACCCCACCUGUUCGCUGUGCGACUCCUGAACAAGAGCCUUGGAACUCUACACCAGUUGCUCGCUCAGCAACACCUGAGCUUGCGCCUGAACCUGUCCCUGAGCCAGUGGUCUCCAUCGUGACCCCCACCGUCCGACCAGUAACACCUGAGCCGGAACCCGCGGACAUUGUGUCCGUCCGUAGUGCGACGCCCGAGAUUGAGGCCAUCGUUCCCCAACCCGCCAUUCCUGAACCGGAGGAAAUCUCGCUUUCGGCAUCUGAGGAACUGGUGCCAUCUAUCCCGGAACCCGAAAUUGUGGUCCGGCAACUCCCGGCCGCUAGCAAGAGGACUACACCCGUGACCUUCCUCAACAUGCCUCCUGAGGUACGAAACAAAAUCUACGAGCAGAUGAACGAGGAUGGUCCUAUCAGAAUGUGCCGCUCUGACGAUCCUGCCUUGGUGCUUCGUGAUGGUGAAUCUGCGUGUGCGCAGCGCCGUCAAUUCUACAACCUUACUCAAGUGUGCCGGGACAUCCGCAACGAAUUCUUGCCUGUCUACGCGCGCAAGACCGAGUACAUCAUCGACCUGUGGGGCCAGAGGACCAACCUUUCCAAGGUAGAGGCCCUCAAAGCCAAGGUUUCCAUGGAUAUCGAUGCUGCCUGCUUCGACAUGGAGCCCAUUGACCUCCUCCCACUUCUCCGAUGCCUUGUCCGCGCUGGCCGAACCGACUGCCGCUUCACCUCGACCGAGGGCGUUGUAUUCAGGAGCAUUUCAGAAAUCGUCGACGAGCUGAACAAGCUCCUCCCUGCCACCGACGGCAGCAGCAAGAACUGGCUCGAGGCUAUCAAUGGACCCAUGAAGAGGAUCGACCUCCACCUCUUCCCCCACGACGACAUCCGACAGUACUACCGAUUCCGCGGUGCCGAGCCCCUCGUGCGCGUAGUAUACCCAUCCGCCAAGAGCGAGGAAUGGAUGAAGCGGGCCUCCAAGUCGCAAGAGUACGAGGCCUACCUGAGGAAAACCGGUCUCGACAAGUUUGAGAUGCACGUCGUUAUUGGCCAUGCCUCUCGACGAACCACCAACGAGGGCCGUCUGCCUCUUGACUGGCGCAUGAGCUACCAGCUCCGUCAAUCCAUGGACCGCGCUCCCCGCCUGUCCAUGGAGAUUGCAGCAGCCCGCAUGUCGAUUGACCGAUCGCCUCGCCGGUAAAUAUAUUUUUGAUGAAAACUUUAGCGUAAGGGCAUGUUGAUACUUGAUUUCUUUCUGGCGUUUUUCUUCUUCAUGAUUAAGAUUUGAUGUAUGAGUUCAGACGACUACGGUCGCCUAACAGGAUACGAGGGAGGUUCCGGUGCGCACACAUACCCCAAUUUUUAGCUUGUAAUGUUUUUCCAUUAGGGAAGAAGAAGGGAGGAAACGUUGUGAUUUGCGCAAGUGGUGCAUAAGGAACUUUUCCAUGAGCUGAUGGCUUUUGUUGGAAGCUGCUACAGGACCAU